CAUUGCUGGCAGCUACAGGUACGCGCACACAAGCCCGGGACCACAACACACUGAGAUCAUCAGCAGAAGACCCCGUCUAAUCACCUUCAAACUCUCCAUCCCGCUGCGUGGAAGUGAAUGUGUAGUAUUGGACUAUGAUGAAUCAUUUUUGGUAGAAGCCGAAGCUGUUCAGUCAAGUCUAGUCCAACCACAUGCUAUUUGUCUUCAUCUGCAAAGGUCCAGCUAUGCUGAUCCGAUUGGAGACAUCAGCGUUCCUGCUCCUCUUGAUAGCUGCUCCAGUCCGCCUCCAGGACGAAUGUGUGGGGAAUUCAUGUUAUCCUAACCUCGGUGACCUCAUGGUGGGCCGCGCCGGCCAGCUCAAGGCUUCUUCAACCUGUGGACUCUACAGACCACAAAACUAUUGCAUCCUGGGAUACCUAGAGAAUCAGCGCAAGUGCUUCAUCUGUGACACCAGGAGCCCCUACAAUCUCCACCACAAUCCCAACAGCCACCGCGUAGAGAACAUCAUCACCACCUUCCAACCUGAACGCAAGAUGAGCUGGUGGCAGUCCGAGAAUGGUGUGCAUGAAGUCAGCAUUCAGUUGGAUCUGGAAUCAGUGUUUCAGUUUAGUCAUCUGAUAUUGACGUUCAAGAGUUUUCGGCCUGCUGCCAUGUUGGUCGAGAGGUCGAAAGACUUCGGGAGAACCUGGAAGGUUUUCCGUUACUUUGCGGAGGACUGUGCCAACUCUUUCACCGGUGUCUCUGAGGGGCUAGCAGACAGUAUUGAUGACCUUAUCUGUGAUAGUCGCUACUCUGGGGCAGAGCCGUCCACCGAUGGAGAGGUGGUGUUGAAAGCCUUGGAUCCCAGUUUUGACAUCCAUGAUCCUUACGACCCUACUAUACAAGAGCUGAUCACCCUGACGAACCUGCGAGUAAACUUUACCCGUUUGAUCACCCUGGGCGACACGCUGCUCACGCGACGGAGGAGGAACCCACAGGAUAAGUACUAUUAUGCCCUCUAUGAGAUGGUGGUUCGGGGGAGCUGCUUCUGCAAUGGCCACGCUAGUCAGUGCAUUCCCGUGGAUGGCACACGUGGAGAUACCUUUAGUGAGCCUGGCAUGGUACAUGCUAAAUGUGUUUGCCAACACAACACUGCAGGGUUCAACUGUGAGCGCUGUCAAGACUUCUACCAUGACGCCCCCUGGAGGCCAGGUGGAAAAACAGACUCGGAUGUUUGCAGAAGGUGUAACUGCCAUGGUCAUUCAGAGAAGUGUCACUUUGACUUAGCAUGCUAUCUGGCCACUGGUGGGGUUAGUGGUGGUGUGUGUGAUGACUGCAGGAACAACCGUGCUGGACCCCAGUGUGAUCUGUGUGGGCCAUAUUACUACCAGGACCCUCAACGCUCUAUGGACGACCCCAAUGCCUGUAUACCUUGUGAAUGUAAUCCUGAUGGCUCAGUGGACCGUGGUCUGUGUGAUCCAGUGACUGGCCAGUGUGUGUGUAAACAGAAUGUUGAAGGAGAGCGCUGUGACCGCUGCAAGUUUGGGUUCUACGGGUUCAGCCGGGACGACCCUAGUGGCUGUCAGUUGUGUAGGUGUAAUUUCAUGGGAACUAUACGCACUGGCAACCCUUGUGAUCAAACAACUGGAACAUGCAUCUGCGAGCCAUUUGCUUUCGGCCCACAGUGCGACCAGUGUCUGCCAGGUUAUUGGGGUCUGGGAAACACAGUCUAUGGCUGCUUACCCUGCGACUGUGACAUUGGAGGGGCAUUGAGAACCGAAUGUUCCUCAGUGGAUGGCCAGUGUGAAUGCAGGCCUAACAUGGUAGGCCCCAAAUGCAGUGAGCCGGUCCUUGGAUAUUUCCUGGCCCCGCUUGAUUUCUAUAUCUAUGAGGCUGAACAUGCAGCACCUCGGAUGGCAAUUUCUCCAUUUAUACAAGCCCCUCCAUUGGUCUACCCCCUGGAACAGAUACCUGUACGACCAACCAAGCUCCCUCUCUGCCCCUCUGCCCCAAAACCCUCCCCAACACCUUAUGAAGAACCUGAACCCCCAACGGUGAAGCCGUCUCCGACCCGAUUCAACCCCCAUGUCACACUACCCAUCUGUGAGCACUACUACAGACAGAGAGGUUAUGACUUCAAGAUCAGUAAUGGCAGGGUUGUGGUGGUAAAGCGUGAGAAGCGGCGAACUCGAAGACGAAGACAAGGCCAGAGGACAAUCCCCUUUGAACCAGGCUCACCUCUUCAGGUCAUCCUGCAACAGCGCACCCCAGAUCAGCCCAUCACUUGGACUGGACUGGGUUUUGUGCGAGUUCAGGAUGGGGCUGGACUUAGAUUUAAUGUCAGCAAUAUACCAGCUACUCUUGACUACUAUGUAGUUGUCCGCUAUGAACCAGAGUCCACCGAUGAUUGGACAGCUUUUGUGAACGUUGUAUCUUUUGGAUCAGGGGAUAGACGUUGCCUGAAUGACCCGUUUGAUAAAAUGUUUACUCUUCCAGCCUUUGGAAGGACAGCCACACUGGAUCUUCCAAUAUGCCUCAGUGAUGGUAAUAAAUACCAUGUGGACAUUACUUUUAGAAAGAAGCCCAGUGCCGACCCUCAGAUCAGCUCAUACAUCCUGAUUGACUCUAUGGGCCUCAUUCCCAAAGUGGACUCACUCCCAAACUUCUGCAUACAGUCAUAUCUAGCUCAGUUUCAGCAAUACCGUUGUAUUGAGUUGGGUGCACAGGCAGGACAGCACACCCUUCCUGAAGUAUGUGAGAAACUUAUUGGAAGUAUGUCAGCUUUCAUUCACAAUGGUGCAGUGUCUUGCAACUGUCAUCAUGUUGGAGCGUAUGGCUCAUCUUGCAGUAAAUUCGGUGGACAGUGUCAAUGCAAACCCAACGUUAUUGGUCGGUGCUGUGAUUCCUGUACUCCUCUGACAUAUGGGCAUGGGCCAGGUGGCUGCUCACCAUGUGACUGUGAUCCGUCUGGCUCUACCGCUGAGCUUUGUGACCAGACAACUGGUCAAUGCUCGUGUCGAGAAGGAGUAACUGCUCGUAGAUGUGAUAAAUGUUACCCUGGCUACUACGGUUUUCCCCUGUGCAGACGUUGCCAAUGCAACGGGUUGGCUGACAUCUGUGACCUGGUCACUGGAGACUGUCUGGACUGCAGGGAACACUCCGCUGGACCCCACUGUGAAAGGUGUAAGGAUGGUUAUGUUGGUGACCCUGUUUCUGGGAAGCCAUGUGAGCCAUGCUUAUGUCCAGAUGUGAACGGAAGUGGGCGCUUCUUUGCCAUUUCUUGCAACAAAGAUCCAUACUCUGGAGCUCCAUACUGUGAAUGUCUGCCUGGACAUACAGGCCUAAACUGUGACUCCUGCUCUCCUGGUUACUACGGUGAUCUGAGGUUGCCCGGCGGCCAAUGUGAGGAGUGUUGUUGCAACAAUAACAUUGAUCCUCGUGACGGUGAAGCAUGCGAUGCUGUAACUGGCGAAUGUUUGCGGUGCUUACACAACACAGAGGGGCCGCGCUGUCAGAGCUGCAAACGUGGAUACUAUGGCAAUGCGCUCACUCAAGACUGCAAAGAGUGUUCUUGUGACCGGAGGGGCACAGAUGACACAAAGUGUCCAGCUGGAAGCCCCUGUUUCUGUGACCAGGAAACUGGCCAGUGCCCAUGUCGCACAGGUGUCAAGGGAACCCUAUGUAAUGAGUGUGAGGAUGGAUACUGGAACCUGGAUGGGGAGUCUGGGUGCCAGCCAUGUAAUUGUGAUCCAGAACAUGCUCUCAACUACAUCUGUGACAAGAUCACAGGCCAGUGUUUCUGCCAGCCAGAGUAUGGAGGCAGAAAAUGUGAUGAGUGUGGGCCGAAUCACUUUGGAAACCCAGAUAUACAGUGCAUGUCUUGUGACUGUAACAUGGAGGGGACCAUUUAUCCAGCUUGUGACCCUUACACGGGUGAGUGUUUGUGUAAGCCAGGGGUGAUUGGCCUUUUCUGUGAUGACUGCGCCCCAGGUCAUGACACAAACUUUCCUGCCUGUGAACCCUGCCAUGCCUGCUACCACCUCUGGGAGAAAAUUGUCUCAGAUGUUAGACUAGAUAUUGAGAGGAUAGAAACUAAAAGGCCAUGUCCUGAAGACGAUCGGCCUAUAUCUGAACUACAAAACUUAAGGAAUUUGUUGGAGAAGCUGCAGAGUCUGGCUAACAUGACUGCCAAGGAUGAGCUAAAAAAACUAGAGGAGCUCUUGGCACGCAUUAGGAACGAAACAGAGACCAUUGACCCAAACAUAAUCAUUAUUGAUCCAACCAUACUGCUCAACACUGACAUCGACAAUAUCCGACUUGAGUUCAACAGACUCUUGAAGAAUCUCAGGGAGAAGACAAAAGAGAUUCCAGCGACAGAUGUAAAAGCUAUUAAUGAUAUUUUAAAUAAGAUCAAAAAGCUCUAUGAAGAAUUCACUGACAGUGAGAAGAAAGUGGAAGCAGCUAAAAAGGCCCAAGAAGCCUCCAGGAAGACGAGAGAGAAUGUUACAUUGGAACUUUCAAAGUGUCGUAUAGGAGAAAUGGAAAAGCUGGAGAGGAAAGCGAAAGCUCUGAAUGUUGCCAGCCUCAACGAGGAGGUCUGUGGGGCUCCAGGCGAUGCAGAAUGUGAGAAGGCAAAAUGUGGUGGAGCUUCAUGUGGGAUAUGCGGGGGUCCUGCCUGUACAGGGAGUUUACCCAUCAGCCUCAAUGCCUCCAAACUGGCAGAGAUGACCGAGAAGAACAUUACUGAUCUGCGCAGUAAACUCAAGGAAGCUGAUGCUAAGCUCAUGGGCACCUCAAAAAUGACUAAUUACAUCAAAGAUCAAGCUGAGGACCUGAUGAAUAAAAUUAAUCAGACUAAGAACAAAUAUGAGAAGGAAAAGAUUGACACCAAGAACCUCAUAGAGAAGCUCAAGAACUACUUGAGAGACGAGCUGGUGAAGCCAGAGGACAUUGAGAAACUGGCCAAUGCUGUGUUGUCCAUUCAGCUGCCCAAAUCCCCUGAUGAGAUCAAGGACAUGAUAGAGGACAUCAAGAGGAUCCUGGCAAACGUCACAGACUUCGACAAUGAUCUAGAGCACUUGGAAAAACAAGCCAGAAUUGCUGAAGACAUGAAGGAGAGGGCCCAAGAAAUCUUGAACCGAACCAAGGCUAUCAAUGUGAGGGAGAUAGAGAAAGCACUCAAUGAUACAGCAAAGCUCAAUGACAAGAUAGUCUAUGAUCUGGAUGAGGCUGAAGAAAACAAUGACAUUAUCAGGGGGAAAGUUAAUGAGACUGAACCUAAACUAAAAAAUAUUGAGGAUAAUUUGGAUUCGACUCGUGCCAAAAAGUUACUGGAUGAAAUCAAAGCCUUGAAGGAUAAGACGGAGAUGAACAGAGCUCAGGGGAAGGAGGCCAAAGAUGCUGCCAAUGCAGUGCUUGACAGUGCCAAAAACACCGAAAAGGAUCUUGAGGAACUGAAAGAGCAGUUUGAAAAGUUAAAACUGAAUAGCACAAACCAGAAUGUUAAUGAAGAGGCUAACGAACGUCUGAAGAACAUCACAAUAGAGGCAGAAACACUGGCUAAAAAUGUGGAAGAUAAAAUUAAGGAAAUUGAAGAAUUGGAGAAAAGGAUUCUGGUUGCAGCUGAAAGAAAAGAGGAAAGGAUAAAAGAUUUGGAGGCACUCCAGAAGGAGGCAGAUGACUUGAGGAACUUUAUUGUUGACAAAGUGGAUAAAUACAAUCUGUGCUCCACUUAAGCCUGCAAGGGCUUCCCUUCCUCAAAUUUAGAGGAAGCAUUUUCAGUGUUUGCCAUGGGAAAAUUCUGAAGGCAACGCAAGGCAAAACGGUCUUGGACUAGGUUUACAGAAUAAGUGCAGUCCUUUUAUCCUGGUUCUUUGUGGGCUUGCUGAUUUUUUUGUUUACAAUCUAGAGCUAUGAACUGGUUCUCAUCAAGCCCCAGAAAUACUUAAUGACCAUAUUCUGGUUCUGUUCAGUUUUUUUUAUUUGUUUUGUAUUUAUAGUAUAUUUUUAGCAAAUGAUGGGCCAAGUUUGAGAAUCUUAUAUAGGUAAUGUAUAACCCUGACUGUCCACAAGAGGUCGCAAGAGUAAAAUUUAAAAUGUCGCCUAUCACACAAACUAUGCAGCAUUGUUUCCUGCACUGCUUGAAUCUAUAGUGCCACAGCAAAACCAAUCAUAUUUUACUCAAGUUAUUUGCUUGAUGAAUUGAAAAAGAUGAGAUAAAAAGAAUGUGUGCUGCAAACCAAUGACAAAAUUUAUUUUUAUUGAGUUGUUCUCACUGAUUCACAGUGAUUCUUAUAAGCCACGUUUUCAAAUGAAUCAUUCAAAAAGACUUUGAUGAAUUUCGUUUGAAUCAGACUGACGAAAAUCAGAGAUGCAACUUCAAUUACUGUUUAUUCAAUUCUGUUUAGCUCAUUCCAAAUUGGCUUAUGUCUGAGCUAUUUAGGCAUAUUCCUCUAAGUCUCCUCCAAAAGUAUUUAAAUUUUUUUGGUUCAUGGAUAAGUAAUUCAAACCUCUUGAUUAAAAACCUACUUCAGCAUUACUUCCAGAAUUGAGCUCAACAGCUGCUCCAUGUGCAUUAAGAUAAGACAGUCAGGUUUAGACGCCUGCUGCUUGUGGAAUGUGCUCGUUUGUCUCUCGCAGGAGGUGGAGGGUCUGUGCUUUUGUCCUACGGUGUUAACAACCUCUCCGUAGACUAUUCAAUUGCAAAACCAAAGGUAAAGCCCCACUGAUGUGAUUUCUUUGGUCUGUCUGAGUGGAUCUUCCCACCUUUUUAACUACUUUAUUGUUGUUCAGACACACUUUGUUUUGUCAGAGUUAAUUUCAUCUUCAUUGGGUGAAGAUAAAGGGAAAAAGUAAUGAAACAGAUGAUGUUUAAAAUGUUUUAAAACAAUUCUACCUGAUUGUUAAAAAUGACUUUUUAAAGUAACCUAAUGUAGUUGAUUGAAUCAGCCAUAUUAAGUAGUAUUUUUGACUUGAAUAAAAAAGGUAAUU